AUGCUCAACAAAGAUAGGGUUGUGACUCUUAAACUUCUCAAAUGUGAAAUCCACCUUCUUUCAAGCGAAAACAUAAUCUGCCGCACAACCUUCACGUUAGAUCAGUGUGGCGAUCGUCCGUUUCCGAUACCAUUCUUCUUCCUCGCCAUCCCUGAUUGCAAGACAGUGGCGCCGGUCCUCUCAAUUUUUUCGUCGUCUCACAAUCUCGCCUUCGUCAGCUUGCAACAAGAUCAAACAUUCUUUUCUGAAUUCGUCAUGAAUAGAAGCCCUAAUGUACUCGAUAUGCCAAUGAUUCAUGCGAUGAUUUCUGGGGCUUUACUUAUACCCUUCAUCUUUUUCUGA